AUGUGGGCCCCUCAGGCUCUCAAAAGCCCCUCUUCUGUGGACUUUGACGUUUCGGGGGGCCCCCGGCCUCCUUUUACUCCUUCACAAGUGGGGGGGGGCCCCCCCAAGCCCCCCUCCGCGCGCAGCCCUGCUGCAGCUUCGCCUCUGGAGGGCCUCCUGGGCCUGGGCCCUGACCUGCACCUCCAGGGGCCCCAGGGGCCCCAGGGGCCCCAGGGGCCCCAGGGGGCCCCUUUGUCCUCUCCGGGGUCGUUUGCGGGGCCCCCGGGGGCCCCCGGGGGCCCCGGGGGCCCCGGGGGCCCCGGGGGCCCCUGGGGCCCCCAGGCCAACAGCCCCUUCUCACCUGCAGCAGCUGCGGGGGCCCCCGCUAGCCCGCAGCUUGCUGCAGCAGCAAGUGCCCUCCAAGACCCCACAAAGCUGGCUGGGGGCCCUUCUCCCAGGGGGCCCCCAGAGGGUACUGGGGGGCCGGGGGGCCCCCUUUGGGGGGGGGCCCCUCUGGGGGGCCCCCCAGCCUCCAGCUCGCCGCAGCUUGUGCUGCCGCAGCGGCAGGCACUGGACGCAGCUGGACUGCAGCAGCUGCAGCACGGAAGCCCCCAACUGCAACUGCAGCAGAAGCAGCAGCAGCAGCAGCAGCAGCAGCAGCAGCAGCAGCAGCAAGAGGUGCUGGCUGACACUUGGGGAGACUGGGAGUCGACCCCAGUGGCGGAGCAGCAGCAAGGCCCUGCUGCUUCGCUGAAACUUCAAGGUGCUGCAGCAGCUAUAGAAGCAGCAGACACACAGCAGCAGCAGCAGCAGAAGCAGCAGCAGCAGCAGAAGCAGCAGCAGCAGCAGCGGGGAGAUGAAUCUUUUGGGGACAUGCAGCAGCAGCAGCAGCACCAGGAGCCGCCGCCUUCUUCGCACUUUGUGCUCACCAGUGAGCUGCAGCAGCAAAACGCUGCAGCAGCAGCAGCAGCGGAUAUCCAGCAGCAGCAGCAGCAGCAGCAGCAGCAGCAGCAGCCACAAACUCUUGGAGUGUGGGAAGAGUGGAAGCAAGAUACCCCUUCCCCUGCUCUUUCUCCUUUUCCGGAUUCACCAGAGGCAGCAAAUAAUAAGCAACAGCAGCAGCAGCAAGAGCAGCAGCAGCAACAGCAGCAGCAGCAGCAGCAGGACGAGGAGCAGCAGGUACAGUCGCCUGAAACGGCUUUGGGUGCGUGGCAGCAGCAGCAGCGGCCAGCCUCGUUGGAGCAGCAGCUGCUGCAGCAGCAGCAGCAGCACUCCCAGCAGCAGCAGCAGCAGCAGCAGCAGGAUGCUGCAGCUUCCCCGCGUCUUGCUGCUGAGGCCCUAACGCCGCAGGGGGCCCCCCAGGGGGCCCCCAAGAGUGCAGCAGCAGCAGCAGCAGCAGCAGCAGCAGCAGCAGCACAUGCAUCUUCCGUUGGGGCCCUCCAGGACCCAUUACCUUCUUCACCAUGGCAGCAGCAGCAGCAGCAGCAGCAGCAGCAGCAGCAGCAGCAAUCCAACAGCCAGCCAGUCACCCCACAGAGUCCUCACGAGGCCCCUCUGGGGGCCCCCCAGGGGGCCCCCCUGCGGGACCCUCUGGGGGCCCCCCUGGGGUCUCCCCUGGGGGCCCCUCGGGGGCCCCCUGAGGGGACCCCCCGGGGGGCCCCCCCAGGGGGCCCCCUGGGUCAGGAGUCUCAGGGGGGCCCCCAAGAGGGUCUGGGGGCCCCCGAAGGGGCCCCUCAGGAGGGCAAGGGUGGCCCCCAGGGGCCCCAGGGGGGCCCCCAGGGGCCCCUUCAAAAGGCCCCCUUGGGGUUUCCCAUAGAAAUCUCGGGGCCCCCCAGGGCCCAGGGGGACUCUGGGGGGCCCCCGGGGGCCCCCGUGACCCCCGAAGCCUUUUGGGGGCCCCCAGCAGCAAAGCCAGGGGGGCCCCCCGAGGCUGGGGGGCCCCCCGAGGCUGGGGGGCCCCCCGAGGCUGGGGGGCCCCCCGAGGCUGGGGGGCCCCUCCAAAAUGGGGAAAGUGCUGCUGCUGCUGCUGGGGUCCGUUCGGGUCUGUGGCAUCCUCCCCACCAGGACCCCCCAGCAGCAGCAGCAGCAGCAGCAGCAGCAGCAGCAGCAGCAGCAGCGGGAGCAGCAACACCGCAGGCGCUGCUGAGUUUGCGCGUUGCAGGGGUAGACAGCAGAGAGACUUCGGGGCCCCACGAGCUGGAUAGGGGGCCCCCCUUGGGGGCCCCCCUGGGGGCCCCCCUGGGGGCCCCCCUGGGGGCCCCCCUGGGGGGCCCCCUGGGGGGCCCCCUGGGGGCCCCCCUGGGGGCCCCCUCGGGGGAGGCAGCAGGGCGCAGCAGCAGCGAAGCAGCAGCGCAGCAAGAGGGGGGCCCCCCUUGCAUGCGUUCUGGGGAAGCUGUGGGGCCCUGCCGCAGCUCUUCAGAUCUUGCUUCAGCUUUUUCGCCUCCUGAGGGGCCCCCAGAAGCAGAAGAAGGUGACCCUGCUGCUGCUGCUGCUGCUGCUGCUGCUGCUGCUGAGGGCCGGGGCGCAGCGGCAGCAGCAGCAGCUGCUGCUGCAGCAGCUGCUGCAGUGCGGCAGCUGUCGGGACAGCCGGAGGCGCAAGAGAGCGAGCUGCAGGAGCCGAAGCAAGAGCAGCAGCAAGGCGCUGCUUCCCCAGCAGCAGCAGCAGCAGCAGCAGCAAGCGCAGCAGCAGCAGCAGCAGCAGCAGCAAGCCGAGCAACCACCUCGGACGGGAGUGAUGGCCCUCGCGAGGCCCAGCAGACAUCUCCGGCCUUUGCCUCUGCUGCAGCUUCCACGCAGCAGCAGCAGCAGCAACAGCAGCAGCAGCAGCAGCAACAGCAGCAGCAGCAGCAGCAGCAGCAGCAGCAGCCAGCUGCCAGUGGGGGCGCUGCCAGCAGGCUGCUGCGGGCUUUGCCCUUCAGCUUCGGCGUGCUGCGGGGCAGCGGGAAGCAGCAGACAUCGCCGUCGCCUGCAGCAGCAGCAGCAGCAGGAGGAGCAGCAGGAGCAGCAGCAGCAGCAGCAGGUUCGCGGUCUUCCGGCGGUCCCCAAGGGCGCACGGAGUUCGAGCGGCUGCUGCAGCAGCAGCAGCAGCAGCAGCAGCAGCAGCAGCGGCAGCGGCAGCAGGAGGGCCCUGGGGAGAGCAGCGCAGCAGAGGCCCCCGAGGCCCCUGGGGGCCCCCUGUCUCCGGUGCGGGGCCCCUUCUCCUCGCGAGCCCCUGCUGCUGCUGCUGCUGCUGCUGCUGCUGCUUCCCCGCUGCAGCAGCAGCAGCAGCAGCAGCGCCCCGCGUCGCCGUCCGUCGCGGCGCCCGCGCGCGGAGCAGCAGCGCCCGCGCCCGCAGCAGCAGCAGCAGCAGCAGCAGCAGCAGCAGCAGCAGCAGCAGCAGGGGCCCCCGCGAGGCCCCGAACUCCCUACAACUUCUGCGCAGAUUCGUGGAGGCUUUUCCCCUCGGGGUGUCUCGACAGGAAGCAGCAGACUUGCUGCAUGCAUUCAUUUCCAAAACACAACUCCAACUCCUCCGCACUCCCGCCUUCGGGGGGGGCCCCCUGGGGGGCCCCCGGGGGGGCCCCCGAGGGCGCGUGGGAGGCUGCGGAAGUGGGCGAGGGUUUGGAGAGGUUUUUGAUUCAAAAGUUGUUUUCAGUUUUGCCGAAAGAAACGGAAGAAGAAAGAAAAGAAGAUUUGGAACUUGACAGAAAAAUAAAAUGCUUGUCUUGGAUCCAACCCCACCACCUCGAGAUCCCCCACUGGGGGGCCCCCCGGGGCCCCCGGGGGCCCCCCGCAGCAGCAGCAGCAGCAGCAGCAGCAGCGGCAGCGGAGGGGGGGGCUGCGGCGCCGUCCCCGGGCGAAGACGGCUCCCCAGCAGCAGCAGCAGCAGCAGCAGCAGCAGCAGCAGCGGGCUCUGGGGCGGCGUCGCCCGCACCAGCAGCAGCAGCAGCAGCAGCAGCAGCAGCAGCAGCAGCAGCAGCAGCAGCAGCAGCAGCAGCGGAGGAGCUGCCGGAGGUGCAGCAGGCGGGGCUGGAGCUGCUGAAGGUGGACCGGCUGCGGGCGCCGAAAGACAAGCUGCGGGCAGUGGUGAAUUGCUCCAGCAUUUUGCUGGCAGCAGCGCAGCAGCAAACUGCUGCUGCUGCUGCUGCUGACGAUUUGCUGCCGCUGCUGAUCUUCACUUUGCUGCGCGCCCGCCCGCCGCGCCUCUGCAGCAACCUCCAGUUCGUUGCGGUGUACAGACACCCCGAGCGCAUGCAGGGGGGCCCCGAGGCUUACUUCUUUACUCAUCUUUCUGCUGCAGUUUCGUUUUUGAAGUCUUUGGGGGCCCCGGGGGCCCCCGGGGUGUCUCUCCGGAUGGACUCUGGGCUUUUUGCCCGCAGAAUGGCAGCAGCAGAACGCGCGCUGCAGCAGCAGGAGCAGCAGGAAGCUGCUGCUGCUGCUGCUGCUGCUGCGGCGGCAGCAGCAGCGGAGCGCGCGCCGCAGCAGCAGGGCGCUGCUGCUGCUGCUGCUGCUGCUGCUGCUGCUGCAGCAGCAGGGGGGGACACCGGGACGGGUACUGCGCUGGCUGCUGCAGCCACGGCCCUUUCCUCCCUCGAGCUGCUGCAGAAAGAGGCCCAGGGGGGCCCCCAGGGGGGGCCCCCGGGGGGCCCCCAGGGGGGGCCCCUGGGGGGCCCCCUGGGGGGCCCCCUGGGGGGGCCCCUGGGGGGGCCCCUAGGGGGGCCCCGCGGGGCGCUCGCGCUGCAGGUGGAGAGCAGCAACCACCUGCUGCAGCGGCAGCGGCUGCUGCAGCAGCAGCAGGUGCGGCUGCUGCUGCAGCAGCUGCUGCGGCUGCCGCGGAGCUUCCAGGGUGUACGUACAGCUGGGCAGCUAAGAGUGGCCGAACUCGAGGCCCUUUUGGGCGAAUAUAAAGAGCUGUCUGAAGCAGCAGCAAAAGCUGCGCUGCUGCUGCAGCAGCAACUCCGCAUUGACCAGGAAGCUGCCAGGCUGCAGCAGCAAAUGCAGUCCCCAGACUCCCCCCACUAA